GAGGCCGUUCGGGGCGCGCAGGCGCACUAGCUACUUCCGGGACAGCUCCCUGAGACUUUUGUGGCGCCGGUGCCGCGCCACCGGGGACGGCGGCCGGGAGGAGAAGCGCGCUCCGCACUCUGGCUCCCGUACCCCUGCGGUGCCUGACAUGCGCUACAACGAGAAGGAACUGCGGGCUCUGUCCCAGCAGCCGGCGGAGCUGGCGGCGGAGCUGGGCAUGCGGGGGCCCAAGAAAGGCAGCGUGGCCAAGCGGCGGCUGGUGAAGCUGGUGGUCAACUUCCUCUUCUACUUCCGGACGGACGAGGCCGAGCCUCUCGGAGCCCUGCUGCUGGAGCGCUGCAGAGUUGCACAGGAAGAGCCCGGCGGCUUCUCCAUCAGUGAGUGUCCCGCGUCGCGCGGUCCCAGCCCCUGGCCGCUGGGCGGACACGGCUUCGUGGAGGACCCAGAGAGGAAGUAUCACUUUGAGUGCUGCAGCCAGGAGCAGUGUGAACAGUGGACAGAGGCACUGCGUCGGGCCAGCUACGAGUACAUGCGGAGAAGCCUCAUCUUCUACAGGAACGAGAUACAGAAGAUGACGGGCAAGGACCCCCUGGAGCAGUUCGGCAUAUCUGAGGAGACCAGGUUUCAGCUGAGCAGCUCACCGAGAGAGGGGCAGUCAGCUGGUGUCAGCUCCCAACUGGAUGAGCUGGACUGACCCUGGGCUGGGCCCUCUGCCCUGGGUUUCUGGCCAUGACUGAGUCUGCAGUGGGAGGUGCUUUGGCCUAAGGAUGGGUGGGAUGGACAGGGACUGCCUCUUUUGAGAAACUGCUCAGCUGGCCCUUCCCUCCCAUCUUGGAGAGUGCCACAUGCCCCUGCCUGGUCUCUCCGGUGCAUCCAUUGAGGGCCAAGGGGGCACCUGACUGGCACAACUCUAUUGUCUCAUGCCAGCUGAAUGUAUGUACGAGGCUCGGUGAAGCUGUGAAUGUGAGGUUCCCUCACCAGCUGUGAACUUGAUUCCUGCUGAUGGCGCAGGCCCUGGCGCUGGUCUCCAGGUCGCCAAGCUUGCUCUGUCCAAUAAAGGUACCUCUUUUCCAGACUA